AUGGCCAUCUUGUUGGUCUCGUUAACUCUUUCAGAAAGAAGAACAACCCUAGUUGAUGCUUUGAGAUUGUUUCAGAUAUCAGAAGUAGAUGAAGAAGAGAAGAAGAAAUCGCUGUUGUUGUUGAAGAACAACCCUAGUCUCGCUGCUGUUGAAGAAGUUCAGACAGUAGAAGCGGACGCUUCUAACGCUUCUUCUCGCUUCACCGCUUCUCGCUUUUUACAAAGAAGCGGUCGCUUUUUGGUACCAGACUCGCUUCAAAGACCUGAAGCGCCCCCUCACGCUUCGCCUCGCUUGUCGCUUAAAGAUCAAAAGAACAAUGAGCUGUACAAUGAAUUCCUUCUGCCCAGCUUCUUUAUACCGAAAAAAGAGUUAUCUGAGGCAAGGAUAUUUCAGGGAAGAAGACGUGGCACUGAUCAUUCUGUGAUUUCAUCUCUCAGCAUCCACUCCCUGGCUGAAACAAAUGGCUCGGAAAACAGUGAAACUGAAUCUUACUGUUUGUCAGAUGCUGGGUUGACUGCUGUUGCUGCUGGAUUUACUAAGCUUGAAAACCUGAGCUUAGUAUGGUGUUCUAAUGUGACACAUGUGGGGCUGAGGUCUAUAGCUGAGAGGUGUAUGUCCUUGAAGUCUUUGGAUUUACAGGGCUGUUAUGUUGGAGAUCAAGGUUUAGCAGCUGUUGGGGAGUUCUCCAGGCAACUUGAAGAUUUGAAUUUGCGAUUCUGUGAAGGCCUAACUGAUGCAGGCUUGAUUAAAUUGGUUGCUGGUUGUGGUAAAACAUUGAAAUCGAUCAGUCUGGCUGCCUGUGCAAAAGUAACUGACACCUCCUUGGAAACUGUCGGAUCUCAUUGUAAAUCUCUGGAGUCCUUGUCACUAGACUCAGAGUAUAUCCAUGACAAAGGUGUACUUGCUGUUGCCCAAGGAUGCCGUCAGUUGAAGUUUCUGAAGCUACAAUGCAUCAAUGUUACAGAUGAUGCUCUGCAAGGCGUUGGCACUUGCUGCUUGUCGUUGGAGUUGUUGGCUCUUUACAGUUUCCAAAUAUUUACGGACAGGAGUCUGUGUGCUAUUGGUAAAGGCUGCAAACAGUUAAAGUCUCUUACCUUGAAUGAUUGUACUUUCUUAAGUGACAAAGGCUUGGAGGCGGUUGCAGUUGGUUGCUCCAGCCUCACGCAUCUUGAAGUUAAUGGCUGCCACAAUAUAGGAACAUAUGGACUGGAGUCUAUUGCAAGAUCUUGCACGCAUCUCUCUGAGUUGGCCUUGCUGUACUGUCAAAGAAUUGGUAAUUUCGCAUUGUCCGAGAUUGGAAGAGGGUGCAAGUUCUUGCAAGCUUUGCAUUUGGUAGAUUGUGCGAGUAUUGGGGACGAAGCCAUAUGUUCUAUAGCUAGAGGAUGCUGUAACCUCAAAAGGCUCCACAUCCGUCGAUGCUAUGAGGUCGGAAAUAAGGGAAUUAUAGCUGUUGGUGAGAACUGUAAAUUUCUUACAGACCUUAGCCUUCGGUUCUGUGAUAGAGUAGGGGAUGAAGCACUUGUGGCUAUUGCUGAAGGUUGCUCUCUGCAUCAUUUGAAUGUAAGUGGCUGCCACCAAAUUGGGGAUGCUGGAAUAAUAGCCAUAGCAAGAGGAUGCCCUGAACUUAGUUACUUGGAUGUGAGUGUUCUCCAGGAUUUGGGGGAUACGGCCAUGGUGGAGCUAGGUGAAGGAUGCCCUUUGUUGAGGGAUAUUGUUCUGUCCCACUGUCGUCGAAUAACAGAUGUAGGUUUAAGUCAUCUUGUGAACAAGUGUACCUUGCUGGAAACUUGUCACAUGGUCUAUUGCCCCGGUAUUACUGCUGUUGGAGUAGCCACGGUGAUCACAAGCUGCACAAAUAUGAAGAAAGUUCUUGUUGAGAAAUGGAAAGUGAGCCCAAGGACCAAAAGGAGAGCAGGAUCCAUUAUCUCCUAUCUCUGUGUUGAUCUGUAGAUCUCUUUACACUUGUUACUACUCUACUUCUUGCAGCCCCAAUCAACAGCAGCAGGGUUAAAGCAGACUAUCCCUGUGAAUAGCCAGUUUAAGGUACAAAUUGCCCCGACACACAGAAGGCGCCUAAUGUCGUGACAGUUUGUCUUUUACUUUCUCAUUCUCAUGUGUAAUGUUUUCUCAGUGUUUUUUUUUCAAAUCUCACAGGAAUGUGUUUGUUGAUUGACUUAUUGUAGAAUCUGUCUCUUGUUAUUUUAUUUGCUUAUUCUAUUCAAGGUAUGGGGUGGGUGUGAGGCUUGUUCCCUUCAGAUGUGUAGGAUAAAAUGGUCAAGGCAGCCAUGCUUGUGCUAUGCUUUUUCAAGGGUAUGCUGCUGCCAAAGCCCAUUUUUGUCUUAUGGGUCUUUCUGGCAUUCGCAUAGAUUAAGUGCAGAGGUGCAGUACUGAAUGCAUAAUGUAAAUGUUGCUUUGUAGUGGAAGAAGCUGAUAUGGGAGCACAUUCUGAAACAACUCUUCCAUGUUUCGAUGGUAGAUGUUCUGUUCUGUUCUGUUCGAAGCAGCUCUAGAAUUGAAUUUGGCAGAGAUUGGACCACUACAUGCAAUUCUUUUAUGAUCGUGUGUAUUCAUGUAAGAGUCACAAGGUAUGCAAUUCUUUUAGAGGAAAAGGUUACAAAAAAAUGCUGUUAGAACCGUAGAUGUUACAUGAAUCUCUACCAAAUGAACAACUUGAAAGGAGUAUUGGUUUUCUGGAAAAAGUUCCUUUUUACA